AUGAAGAAGUUCUAUGCUGUGAUUACUGUGAAUGACUUGCAGGUUCCUUGGAGAUUUCUAUUCCAUGGCAAUAUGGCUAGGCCUCGAGCUAUUCAUGUGACUUGGCUUGCUUGUCAUGGAAAUUUGGCCACUAAAGACAAACUUUGUCGGUUCAAUAUGAUUCAAGAUAGCAGGUGCAACUUAUGUAAAACGGUGGAUGAGUCCCUUGGACACCUUUUUUUCGAGUGUCCUCACACUCUGAUCAUUUGGAAGAAGGUUUUAACAUGGCUGGAGAUUGUGCACACCCCUGGCAGCUGGCUUGAAAAGCUACAUUGGGUUAUCAAUUUCAAUUCUAGGAAAGGAUGGAGGGCGAGUAUCCUCAAAUUGGCUUUUACUAAAACGGUUUAUGGUAUAUGGGCUUAUAGAAAUGAUGUGAUAUUUCAACACAACACUAAUAGAAACAUAUAUGAUAGCAUUAUAGAUUGUAUAGUGUAUAGGGGUUGGAGUUCUAAGAAGAUUAGGAAACACAUAGUUAGCCUUAUGGUUUAG